CAGGGGAUCAGUGACAAGCUCGUAGGAGGCUUCUUCCUCUUUGUGGCCUCGUUCGUCUUCGUCUACUAUACAACAUGGGCAAUAUUCUUGCCUUUCCUGCCGCCAUCACAUCCCUUACACGACCACUUCCCUCCGAGGGAAUGGGCUGUAUGGGGCCCAGCACUACUCCUUGUUCUAGGGGUGACCGCAAUCGGUCUUUUCAUCGGAAUGGUCAUGUAUAGAGAAGGUCAGAAGAAGCGGAGCAAAGCAGCGAUGAAGGCUGCCUGA